AUGGCCUCCCAACCAACCCUCACAACCUCAAUGCAGCCACCACCAGGCCCGAACACCCCCCUCGCCCUCCCAACAUCAACCACCAACCAAAACCCACAAACCUUCAACGCCGCAAUGAAAGUCCGCAUGCGCGUCUUCGUCGACGAGCAAAACUGCUCUGCAACCGCCGAAAUCGACUCUGACGAUUCCCGGAGCUGGCACUGGGUCAUCAGCGACAACACCCGCACCAGCAGUGACAGUGACCAACCCAUUGCCGUGAUCCAAUGGGAUUGGCAUCAUGAGCCGUGCAUCAAGUUAACUCGGGUCGCGGUGGUCCCGGAAUACCGCGGGCUCGGCCUCGGGCGACGGCUCGUUGAUACAGCGCUGGAAUGGGCGAGUGCGCAUGCUGGCGAGAUUAAUGCGGCGAUGCGUGAUGUGGCGGGACGGGAGGGAAUCCAGUUGAAAGAGGGGCUAGGGUCGUGGAAAGGGUUGGUGCUUGUUCAUGCGCAGGUGGAUGUGGAGCGGAUGUAUCAGGGACAAGGCUUUCAGACGGAUGAGUCCUUGGGCAGAUGGGAUGAGGAGGGGAUUGAGCAUGUUGGAAUGUUUAAGCGGAUUACUCUUGCGUAG